CUGUCAGUCGUGCCUGGUCGUGCCGCUGUUGGUUUGGCCGUCUUUCUGUCGUGCGUAGUAGAGCUGUUCCGAGUAGAGUGCACACGGUAGAUUAAAAUAAUGUCAAACACCGAGGGAGCGGAAAGAUGGCCGCCGAGCGGUAAUUUCGCGAUGCAUGGGCGGUAUUGCCUGUAGAACGGUGUGCCUCCUCUCUGCCCGCGUUCCCAAGAGAUUUAUCGGAGCCGCAAAGCUACUGUCGUCGUGCAAUGUGACCGACGUGUGCUGAUCGCGACCGUCCUGUGAAGCAGACCGUGUCGGGAACGGAAGGACAGCCGACGGAGACAAACAGCGAGGGAGCAACAAGGUCGGACGUUAGAGAGAGAUCGGAGUCAGUUCGCACGUAACGAGACUGCAACGAACGUAGAAGUAAGAGCGGUUCAUUGCUCCGGUCCGACUUGUCGCCAAGAUGGAUUGGGACUCGAUCACGAUGGCGAGUCUUCACCUGACAACUACCGAACACCAAUAUUACGAGGACAUUUUUAAUUACUGUUACGAGAGCGUACCGGUGAUCAAAGUGGCCGAGUUGCUGCGCUCGGCGAAUCUACCAGAAGUUGUCACGAUGAAGAUAUUGGGUCUCUGUUUUGGAACUGAAGGGGCGCACAUCGGCACGCGUCUUGGUAAAAAACAGUUCUUUGUACUAUUAAAACUUGUGGCAGCUCAUCAAGCAGGACUUACCAUUCAUAAAGACAUAAUUACUAUGCCUCUGGACGUUAUAACUUUACCGAGAUUUACUUGGCCAACGUCUCGAGAGGAAAACGGUAGAAGAAGCUCGGACUCGAAUAGGGCUAUGAAGGGUCGCUCUCGUGCUGUCGAGAAUACAAUGGAAAGUGAAAGUGAUGCAGAAUCUCCUUGGGACACUGGUGGUAGUACAGAUUCACCAACCCCGCCAAACAGUGUGAUACAAGAAAGGAACAAUGACAUAGGUGGUGAAACGGACUCUGUAUCCGGAGGCUGGCAGGGACUGUUGGUGUCCGAGGAACAGAGGCAACUGUUAGGGACUGAGGAGGAGAGUUCAGAACGUCAUAGCAGCGACGAAGGUGAUGCUGACGGCGACAGCUCGUUCCCACCCGAAGAAGUAUGGAUAAUUAGUGAUGAACAACGUGAAUAUUAUGCAGCUCAAUUCGCGCAACUGCAACUGAAUCCUGAUGGACUGUUGCUUGGUCCUAUGGCCAGGAUGUUCUUCAAGAAGUCUAGACUCCCUUUAGGAGAACUUAGUCGCAUUUGGCAACUAGCUGACAUCACCAGAGACGGUGCGUUGAGUUUACAAGAAUUUUUCGUAGCCAUGCAUCUCGUCGUGUUACGAAAGAAUCACGUGCCUCUACCCGAUGUCUUACCCCCGCCCUUGUUAAUUCCUUUACUUAAACAAAAGACUGGCCCACUCCAUAUUCCGUCGACCACGACUCAGCAAACUGUAACGCAGAAAACUCCACCGAACACAUCUAACAACGGUAGCGCCGGAACUGGCGCAGGUACUGGAACUCGAGAAAGAAAUAAGGAAUGGACGAAGUUUGUUGACUCACCGACCGGGACGAGCAGCUCUUUGACUAGUCCAGGCUUGCAGUUAGUGAAUUUCGAUUUUCAAAAGUCUGACGUCGAAAAGGAUCCGAAAAUUCUACAUCCUGUUGCGUUGCGUUUAACUCCCGAAGCAGCGAUUCUUGCUUCCGGGGCUAACGGUAACAACAGCACCACGUUAGGGGACGAGGAUCUCCAACGGACAGCGAGUGCACUGGCACAGCAACGUCCUCUCAUAAAAAAGCCACCUCCGCCCCCCGAAGAAGCCAUUAUCGUAACUCCAAAGAAGGAACCACCGCCUCCGCCACCACCCAGACCGUACAGAACACACGCAAGAAGUUCUAGUCUUGAUCUUAAUAAACUAGGGAAAAAUGGUCAAAGUUUCCUCGGAGCACCUCCGCUAAUUCCACCAAGAAUCUCUCCCGGAAUCGAAACUUUGUCAUGUAUCUCUCUACUACAGAGUUCGCCUCGAAAAUUGGUCGGUCAAAAGAGCGAGGGAGAAGAGCAAAGAACCUUAAAUGAAAAUCAAGGUUUUGUCGCUGAUUUUUCUCACUUUUCUCCCAAGAGCGAACUACCCGAAAACACAUCCUUGGAACCUCCGCAGUCACAGCAAUUCACGGGUGUCUGUGGUGCAUUUCAUAUUUAUAGAAAACCAAGUCCAAAACGAGAUGGAACAGAGGAAGAUGCACCUAAGGACGAGCUGGAAGAAUCAAAGAAAUUAACGUUAGAGGAGUUGCGGGAAAAGAACGCUGAACUGCGACUAGUUUGCGAGGAGUUGACGCGGGAGUUAGCGAGCGCACUUCAAGAACGUAUAAAUCUCCGAGCAAAGCUGUUACUUCUAACAUGAUCCAAUUUGUUAUCGUUUGUAAAGCUAUUUUUGACUGAAUUACUGACUUUUCCUACAUUCAUCAUAAGAUUGAGUAUCUCAUGUGUCAUGCUAGUCUAGAGUAUUUCCUUUUUGCAAUGUGUUUCGUCUAUUCAUGAUAAUUAGCGUAAAAAAGAAAUUAAGAGACGAAUAUCGAUAGGAAUUAUCUAAUGUUGACUGUUCGAUCUAUUUCCUUGCUGUUCGAAGCAUUAGUUCAGUUUUAAAUGUCCAUUUACAUAUUUUCAACGUUUUAACGAUGCGUGUUUAAUUAAUGCUUACUACUGUUCGAAUUACUACGUUUCAUUGGGAAAGAAUAGAUGUUUUUACGGUUCCCGGAACGAAGCGUCGUCGACAAGAAAUGAUGGUACGUUAUUAUUCGUAAUUUAUCCUCUUUCAUAGACAAUUCCAGUGUGCAUUAGAAGCGUGGGUACAAAUAUCGUAGCAACAUCUGCCACUCUCUAGUAUUCAAAUGUUAUAGCAUUUUAAUGUUUAAAAUAAUUUUAAAAACUUAUAUUUUUUAUGUGUAAGUACUAUGCUGAAUUGCUGAGAAAGAAGAAAUAGUUCUUUAUAUAUCGAAGAGUUCUUUAAGAGUUAAAUGUUCAUGUCAAGCGAUAGCGAAAAGCUUGACGGUCAUUGUAUACUGCUGAAAACAAGUGAUGGACGUUUAUUGUUUACGGUAAGAAAAUAAAACUGUAUUUUCGUAUUACUGUACAACCAAAUUUUUCACAGCAUGGCAUAUAACUGAUUGGUACCUAUUCCUAAACGAAAAAAAAAUGUUACAAUGUAUUUCAUUUCGUGAUAAUUGUAUAUAGCGAAUAGAAUUAAAACAAGGAAUGAGAGAAAAUUAAGUCUGCAGGAACAGAACACUCAGAGAAUAAAAAUAUACUUUAAAAAGAAAUGUUAUAUACGAAUAAUACCUUGAAUCGAUCUGUACGUUUACUCUGUAUCUAUUUUUCUUUCACUUAUUGUUAGCUACGAGAUCAUUGUAUACUACGUGUGCUGCUUUAAAUCGUAUCAGAAAGAUAUUACACUUAAUCGUUUGCUUGAAAAACCGGCAAUUCCAUUUGCAUAUAUAAAUUGUAUAAAAGCUAAUUUAACGUUGCUGAGAAAUGUUAACAGACUAUUCCUUGUGCCAUACGGCAUGAUAUUUUAGCAAUAUCGCGGCCGAUGUUGCAGCCAUUUCUGGCGGCUAAAAACUUGUGUUAAAAAGUUACGUGCGUACAAGUAAUUCAAUUAAUAAUCGUGCGAAAAAGAUUUCUCUUCGUAAGUGUACAGAAAUUGUAUAGAAAGUAUAUGAAGUUGAUUGUUAAUUUACCCAUUCCUAUCCAUGUAAUUCUGUAAAAAUGUAACGAUACACAUAAAGAUAAGAACCUGUUGGAGAAAUGAAAUAAAGCAUUGUCUUAAUUU